GGUUGUGAAAUGUGCACACAGGAGGCUUUCCGGGCGCAGAGGAGCCAGCUGGUGGAGCUGCUGGCCUCGGGGUCCCUGGAGGGCUUUGAGAGCAUCCUGGACUGGCUGCUGUCCUGGGAAGUCCUGUCUUGGGAGGAUUAUGAGGGCCUCAGCCUCCCGGGCCAGCCCCUCUCCCGCUUGGCCAGGCGCCUCCUGGACACGGUCUGGGAUAAAGGUGUGUGGGGCUGUCAGCAGCUCAUCGCCGCCGUGCAGGAGGUGCAGUCCGACAGCGCAUCCCCGACGCUGACGCCACGUGGCCGCUGGGACCCCCGCUCACCCCACCCAGCCCGGGACCUGCAGAGUCACCGACCGGCCAUUGUCAGGAGGCUCUACAGCCAUGUGGAGGGUGUGCUGGAGCUGGCGCAGGCGCGCGGUUUCAUCAGCCCCUACGAGUGUGAUGAAAUCAAGCUGCCCAUCUUCACGUCAUCCCAGCGGGCGAGAAGGCUCCUUGAUCUGGCCACGGUGAAAGCCAACGGGCUGGCUGCCUUCCUCCUACAGCACGUUCCGGAGUUGCCGGGCCCGCUGACCCUGCCUUUCGAAGGUAUGUAUGUGGAGAAGUACAUCUCCAAGCUGAGGACCACGGUCUCCGCCCAGUCUCGCUUUCUGAGCACCUACGACGGGACAGAGAAUCUUUGCCUGGAGGAAAUAUACACGGAGAAUGUUCUGCAGGUCCAGACGGAGGUGGGCGUCACCGGACCCCCGCAGCAGAGCCCUGCCCCCCUGGGCCUGGGGGAGCUCUUCAGCGCCCGUGGCCACCUCAACGAGGACGCGGACACCGUGUUGGUGGUGGGUGAGGCGGGCAGCGGCAAAAGCACGCUCCUGCAGCGGCUGCACUUGCUGUGGGCUGCGGGGCGGGGCUUCCAGGAGUUUCUCGUUGUCUUCUCAUUCAGCUGCCGGCAGCUGCAGUGCGUGGCAAAACCCCUGUCCGUGCGGACGCUGCUCUUUGAACACUGCUGUUGGCCUGAUCUUGGCCAAGAAGACGUCUUCCAAUUCCUCCUUGACUGCCCUGACCGUGUCCUCUUAACCUUCGAUGGCUUCGAUGAGUUCAGGUUCAAGUUCACGGACCACGAGCGUCACUGCUCUCCGACCGACCCCACGUCUGUCCAGAAUCUGCUCUUCAACCUCCUGCAGGGCAACCUGUUAAAGAACGCCCGCAAGGUGCUGACCAGCCGCCCGGACGCGGUGUCGACGCUCCUCCGGAAGUACGUGCGCACGGAGCUCCACCUCAAGGGCUUCUCCGAAGACGGCAUUGAACUGUACCUGCGGAAGCGCCACCGGGAACCCGGCGUGGCCGACCGCCUCAUCCGCCUGCUCAAAGAGACCUCGACCCUCCACGGUUUGUGCCACCUUCCCGUCUUCGCCUGGAUGGUCUCCAAAUGCCACCAGGAACUGCUGCUGCAGGGCGGGGGGUCCCCGAAGACCACCACGGAUAUGUACCUGCUGUUCCUGCAGCAUUUGCUGCCGCACGCCUCCCCGCCAAACUCGGCCCCCCAUACGCUGGGACCCGGCCUGCUUCGAGGCAGACUCCCCUCGCUCUUGCACCUCGGCCGCCUGGCUUUCUGGGGCCUGGGCGUGAGCUGUUAUGUGUUCUCAGCCAGGCAGCUCCAGGCAGCGCAGGUGGACGAGGAGGACAUUUCUCUUGGCUUCCUGGUGCGGGCGCAGAGGGUCGUGCCCGGGAGCGCGCCCUCGCUGGAGUUCCUACACAUCACUUUCCAGUGCUUUUUUGCUGCCUUCUACCUGGCGCUGAGUGCCGACGUGACGCCCUCCUCGCUCAGGCACCUCUUCAGCUGCCGUCGGACAGGGAGCUCACCGCUGGCCACGCUGCUGCCCGCGCUGUGUGUGCCGGGCCCGCGGUGCAAGGAGGGCAGCGUGGAGGCUUUGCUGCAGGAGGCGGAGCCGCACAACCUCCAGAUCACGGCGGCCUUCCUGGCGGGGCUGCUGUCCCAGGAGCACCGGGGCCUGCUGGCCCAGUGCCGGGCGUCUGAGAAGGCGCUGCGGCGGCGCCAGGCCCGUGCCCGCUGGUGUCUGGCUCGCAGCCUCCGUCGGCACUUCCGCUCCAUCCCGCCGGCCCUGCCGGGCGAGGCCAAGAGCAUGCACGCCAUGCCCGAGUUCAUCUGGCUCAUCCGCAGUCUGUACGAGCUGCGGGAGGAACGUCUGGCGCGGGAGGCUGUGCGCGGGCUCCGCGUCGAGCACCUCAAGCUGACGUUCUGCAGCGUGGGCCCCGCCGAGUGUGCCGCCCUGGCCUUCGUGCUGCGGCACCUCCGGCAGCCCGUGGCCUUGCAGCUGGACCACAACUCCGUGGGUGAUAUCGGUGUGGAGCAGCUGCUGCCCUGCCUCCAUGUCUGCAAGGCCCUCUACCUGCGAGAUAACAAUAUCUCAGACCGAGGCAUUUGCAAGCUUGUUGAACACGCCCUUCACUGUGAGAGGCUGCAGAAGUUAGCUUUAUUCAACAACAAACUGACCGACGGCUGCGCGCAGUCCAUGGCCAGGCUCCUGGAGUGCAGGCGGAACUUCCUGGCCUUGAGGCUGGGGAACAACCAUAUCACCUCCGCCGGAGCCCAGGUGCUGGCCAGGGGGCUCAGAGCCAACGCCUCCCUGCAGUUUCUGGGGUUCUGGGGCAACAAGGUGGGUGACAAGGGGGCCCAGGCCUUGGCGGAAGCCGUGGGCAACCACCGGAGCUUGAGGUGGCUCAGCCUGGUGGGGAACAACAUCGGCAGUGUGGGCGCAAAAGCCUUAGCGCUGAUGUUGGAGAAGAACGUGGUGCUGGAAGAACUCUGCCUGGAGGAGAACCAUCUCCGAGAUGAAGGUGUGUGCUCUCUCGCCGAAGGACUUACAAGAAAUUCAAGUUUGAAAGUCCUCAAGCUGUCCAACAACUGUGUCACCUACCACGGGGCGCAAGCCCUCCUGCAGGCCCUUGAGAGGAACGGUUCCAUCCUGGAAGUCUGGCUCCGAGGAAACACUUUGUCUCCUGAGGAAAUCGAGCGGCUCAGCCACAGGGACCCCAGGCUCCUGCUGUGA